AUGGCACACGAAGUUCCUAUAAACCUACACCCACCCAACGGCCAUACUGGACCAAAGCCGUCCAAGGCUAAGCAACCACCUUCUUUGAGAAAGUUGCCAAACGGUGCCAAACCGGAUUUUGGUCCCGGAAGUGAAAAGGGCGAAAAGAAUGCGUCUGGUAACCAAAACGGUGGUUCCAAGAAGAAGACACCUUCUCUUCCAAAUGGAGAAAAGCCCAACUUUCAUGGCGAUAAGCAAGAGCCUAAGAAGACCAACAAGGCCAAGAAGGAGUCUGCUAAGGAAGGUAACAAGCCUGGCGAUGCUUCUGGAGCUGAUCAAGGAAAGAAGUCAAGAAACAAGAAGAAUGCUAACGCCAAUAAGGGCGGAGAAGGUUACGCUGGGACGUCCUUCCAUUCAUCCCCUGAGGCCUUAGCUUUGCCAAAACCGUCUUUCAAGACCUCUCCAAAGUCUAGAGCAAACCAAGCUCCGGCUCCGCAGGCUCAGACCCCUCAGGCUCCUCAACAGGCUCCUCAACAGGCUCAACAACAACCUCCUUCACUUCCUCAGUCUCGUGACUCUCCUGUCCAACAGAUUCCUCAUGGACACUUGCCUAUGGGCGCUGCAGGUCCCUUCAUUUACCAGGGCAUGCCUCCCCAAGGACCACCUCAGUUCCCUGUUGUCCAGCACCCUCAUGCUGGUCCUCAUGGUCCUGGCGCUUACCAGCCAGGCUUCAAUUACUCUGUCAACCCGCAAGGCUACAUCAACUACCAUUACCCACCUGGAGCCGUUCCUCCUCCCCACCCUCUUGGCAUGAGUCCCUUUGGAUAUCAACCCCAGCCACCUAUGAUGGCACCAGGCCAGCGCCAGGGUGCUGGUCCUGUUCAGGGACAACCACAAGGUCAGGGCGCUCAAGGUAUGGGACACAAGAUUACAUUCAAUGAGUUGAUGGGCUCUUCGAAGUGA